AUGAUGGCAUCGGAGAUGUUUGCUGCGGAGAAGAUAAAGAUAUCCCUGCACGGCUUCGUAACGUUGGAGGUUGUGGGUUUAGACAUGAAAGAUGAUAGCGAUCCGGUUUUUGAUGAUGCGGUGGCUAAACGGUUCUUUGAUGGAGAUGAAGAUCAGCCAAACCAGAAAAGGAUGAAAACUAAACCUUCUUUAGCUUCCGUAAUUAGAGAAGUGGUUAUGGUGAACUUCUUGGAGAAUUUCUGUUCAGCCUUGGAACCAAUGCUUCGAAGAGUGGUGAGUGAAGAAGUGGAAAAUGGAGUGAGAUUAAUCAGCUGCAUGAGAUCAAUAUCCAGGUCUCCAUCACUAAAAAUCCAAGCAGCAGAUCAUGAACAAACAAGUAGUCUUCAACUCAUCUUCAGCAAAGGACUUUCACUUCCCAUAUUCACGGGCACAAAAAUAGUGGAUAUUAACAACAACCCUCUUCAAAUCCUUCUCGUCGACGCGAAAGGUGGGGACAUGAAAAUCCCGACGUCUCUUCCGCACUGGAUCAAGGUCGAAAUAGUCGUUCUUGACGGGGAUUUUGACAGGCCGGAGUUCACAUGGAAUAAGGAAGAAUUUGACAACAAAAUUGUAAAAGAAAGAGCUGGAAAGAGGCCUUUGCUUACUGGGGAAUUGAAUAUUACAAUGAGGGAUGGGAUCGUUACGGUUGGAGAAAUUGAAUUCACUGAUAAUUCGAGCUGGAUUCGGAGUAGAAAAUUCAGGCUCGGUGCAAGAGUUGUUGCACAAGGAAACAGUCAAAAUGUUAGAAUAUGUGAAGCCAUGACUGAGCCUUUUAUUGUUAAAGACCACCGUGGUGAAUUGUACAAGAAACACCAUCCUCCGGCGUUGGAAGAUGAGGUGUGGCGUCUGGAGAAGAUAGGGAAAGACGGAGCUUUUCAUCGGAAACUUUCGUCGCAAGGCAUAAAAACAGUCCAAGAUUUCUUGAAAUUGUUCAGCAUUGACUCCUCCAAGCUUAGAAAGAUUCUGGGAGUUGGAAUGUCUGAUAAAAUGUGGGAAGUCACAUUGGGUCAUGCCAAGACUUGUACCUUGGGCUCUAAACUCUAUAGACACUGUGGACAUAAUUACACUCUUAUUUUAAAUCCUAUAUGUGAAAUUGUGAAGUUGGAAAUCGGUGGUCAACUUUACUUCGCUCCUGAUUUAAAAUCCAUGAACACGCCCUACAUAACGAACUUGAUUAAAGAUGCGUACGCGAGAUGGAAUUCUUUGGAAGAGGUCCACGAGCCGGCUCUAUUAACUCAAGGUGAUAUGGUGGUGGGUGAGCAGCAAACACAAAUAAUGUCUUUUAUGGGUCACAGCCAAUCACUUAUAACCGAUGGAUCCUCCGGUGGUGACGGCGGCGCUUAUGAUUGGUUCUAA